UCUCCGCGCACGCGCGCGCGCGCGCGGCUGCUCUGCUGGGCACGGCUUGGUACGGGCGGCUUUUCCCUGGCUCGGUCUGGGCGGCUGGGCUUGGACGGCCGUGGAGCGGCGCUCAGCAGCACCAUGUUCCUGCCCUCAGUCAGCCUCUGGAACCUGGCGUUCUAUGCCUUCAUGGUGGUCCUGGCCACCCUGGGGGUGUGGGAUGUCUUCUUCGGCUUCGAGGAGAACAAGUGUAGCAUGAGCUACAUGUUCGAGUACCCCGAGUACCAGAAAAUCGAACUCCCGAAGAAGCUGACGAAACGCUAUCCAUCCUACGAGCUCUAUCUGUAUGGAGAAGGGUCUUACGCCGACGAGCACAAAGCUCUCCCUUUGACAGGAAUUCCUGUUCUCUUCCUUCCUGGUAAUGCUGGCAGCUACAAGCAAGUCCGCUCCAUCGGCUCCAUCGCACUGAGAAAAGCGGAGGACAUUGACUUCAAGUACCACUUUGACUUCUUCAGUGUGAACUUCAACGAGGAGCUGGUGGCCCUGUACGGCGGGAGUCUUAAGAAGCAGACCAAGUUCGUGCACCAAUGCAUCAAAACAAUUCUCAAACUGUACAAGGGUCAAGAAUUCGCUCCCACAAGUGUGACAAUAGUUGGUCAUUCUAUGGGUGGCCUUGUGGCCAGAGCAUUGCUUACGCUGAAAAACUUUAAGCAAGAUCUGAUCAACCUUCUGGUCACCCAGGCCACUCCUCACGUGGCCCCCGUGAUGCCCUUAGACCGUUUUAUCACCGAGUUCUAUAUGAAUGUAAACGACUAUUGGAUUUCAAAUGCUCGGAAUAUAAAUCUGACUACGCUCUCCGUAGCUGGAGGAUUCCGGGAUUACCAAGUUCGUUCAGGACUGACUUUUCUGCCAAAAUUAAGCCAUCAGACCAGUGCCCUAUCUGUCGUGAGCUCAGCAGUGCCUAAGACCUGGGUCUCAACAGACCAUCUCUCCAUCGUGUGGUGUAAGCAGUUACAGUUGACCACAAUCCGAGCCUUCUUGGAUCUCAUCGACGCCGAUACCAAGCAAAUAACUCAGAAACCUAAGAAGAAGUUGUUGGUGUUGAAUCACCACUUCAUAAGACACCCAGCGAAGCAGUUUGAGGAAAACCCAUCCAUAAUUUCUGACUUCCCAGGGUCAUCCAAGUGGAUUUCAGUGAAAAUGGCCAAAUGGUCCCACGUGGCUCAGAAUAACUCUGAAAAGGCUUAUUUUGCAUUUCCUCUUGCGAAUCACAGGAAGAGCUACAGUCAUGCCUACUGCCAGAGUACCAUGUUGGAUACAAAUAGUUGGAUUUUUGGCUGUAUAAACAGUACAUCAUCUAUGUGCCGGCAAGGGAUUGAUUUAUCAUGGAAAGCUGAACUGCUGCCAACCAUCAAGUCUCUGACGCUAAGACUCCAAGACUACACGUUUCUGUCACACAUUGUUAUCUAUAUCCCGCCUGUCCAUGGAAGCAAGUUUUUCAUAGACUGUGAAUUCUUUAAAAAAGAAGCAAGAUCCAUACAGCUUCCUGUAACUCAUCUUUUCUCCUUUGGAUUGACUUCAAGGAAGGUCAUAUUAAAUCUGAGAGGCCUGUACUACAAUAUAGAGCUUCUGAACUUCGAACAGAUAUACCAAGCUUUUAAAGUCAACGUGGUGAGCAAGUGCUCCAAAGGCAAAGAAGGAAAAACCAGUAUCUAUAAGCUUCAUAUUCCCUGGUCUUACGAAGAUUCUCUAACCAUCGCACAGGUUCCAUCGUCCACAGAAAUUUCUCUGAAACUUCACGUUGCUCAGCCAGAAAACGACAGCCACGUGGCGUUGUUAAAAAUGUACACAGUGCCAGACUGUAAAUAUGAGGUGACAAUUAAGACUUCCUUUCCACAAAUACUUGGACAGGUAGUUAGAUUUCACGGUGGAGCUUUUCCUGCCUACGUGGUGUCUAGCAUCCUGCUUGCUUAUGGAGGACAGUUGUCUUCUGUCCUCUCAACAGGUUAUUGCUUAGACUACGCAACCAUGUUGGAUAAAGAGGCCAAACCAUACAGAGUGGACCCUUUUGUGAUUAUGAUUAAGUUUCUGUUGGGGUAUGGAUGGUUUAAGGAGUUAUGGGAUACGCUGUUCCUACCAGAAUUAGAGGCCAUUGUUCUAACCAGUCAGAGUAUGUGUUUCCCUCUGGUGUCCUUGAUUCUCUUUCUGCUCGGAACCUGCACCGCGUACUGGAGUGGGCUCCUCUCUUCGGCAUCUGUGCAGCUCCUUUCCUCACUGUGGCUGGCUGUCAAAGGACCUGUUGAGCUUCCCAAAGAUGUCAGGUCGUCGGCCUCAGACUUGCCUUUCGCGACAUCUUUCUUUUUCAUAGUGAGCUGGACCACCUGUGGGGCCCUCUCCAUCCUGCUGUCUUACCUGUACUAUGUGUUUAAGGUCGUCCAUCUGCAAGCCUGCCUGACGACGUUUAGAAACAGCCAGAGCCAGCAAGUGAACACCAAGCCCUCAAGAAGAAGUGAGAAAAAGGCCAACCACUACAAAGACUCGUUGGUGCCGAGUCUCCGCCUGUCUGCUCAGGAUGUCGAGGACAGUCUGCGCAUGCACGGCACCGUGAUUAACCUCCUGACCUGGGUGGUGCUGCUCAGCCUGCCGUCGCUCAUCUAUUGGCUAAAGAACCUUGGGUAUUAUUUUAAACUUCAGCCCGACCCAUGCAAACCCCUGGUGUUUUUCCUUACUCCAGCUAUAGGGAUGCUCGGAAAUUCUUACACAGUGACCAUAAAGUCAAGUAAGUUACUGAAAUCGACCUCGCAGCUUCCGCUUCCCCUGGCCGUGGGUGUGAUCGCUUUCGGCUCCACCCACUUGUACAGGGUCCCGAAUUUCGUGGUCGUCCUUCUUCUGUACCACGCGUUAAGCAACUUCAUGUAAGACCGGGCUGAGAGGACGGUAAAAGGGCUUUACGCCUCAAGGACCUGCGAUACCGUGAGCGCAGCCCCACCAGCCGGCACAGCGAGGUCCUUCGGAGAAGAUGCGUCUAUUUUUACAGUAUUGGAAAUAGGAAAUUAGUUUUGUAACGCGUGAGGAAAGCCGUCGAAGCAUGGUUUCAUUUCGCGACGUAGCGUCUGUGUUCUCGCCGUGCCUGAGGAAUGAGCGAGGGGCACUCGUGUACAUACCAACUAGCCAUGCAGUGAAUCUUCUAGAGACUUAGUAGAUGUGGUGCUGUUUGUGGUCUCCCGUGGAACUUCUGCUGGCUUCACCAGACUUUAUUUGAAAAGUGGGUUUUCUGUUUGCUAUCACUGACAUAUUCAGAGUAGGUCUUAAAAGGUUAAAAGUCACAGCUGUUUCGCAGAAGUGAGACAGUCGUGAAGGAGGCUUUGAUCGGUUUUUUUUUUUUGGCAACCAUGGGGAGCAAAGUUCGAUCUGUCUUCUUACAUCUAUGAAAAAGGGCCUCAAAGGGAGACUUUUUUGUUAGCUAUUAGACUUCAGAUUCAAAGCAGUGACUUUUCUUGAGCCUUUAAAUACGAAUCUUGCUGUGCACUCUUGGUGAAUAUUAAAAGCAAGAAAGAUCUCCCGAUAGGUCUGUUAUCAGAAGACUUUCCUGGUGAGUACCACAUUGGCACAUUCAGUUUCUGCCCCUGCUUAAGUCAGUGCCGAUGGUUGCCACAGGUGCCUCUGGUAAUGAUAGGGUAUUAAAUAGCUACAUUCCAGAGUUGAAAUAACUUGGGAUUUGCAUCAUCUCUGGUGUCCUGGGAAGGAGAGAUGUCAACACAAGGAGAGUAUUGCCCUUGAUAGGGGAACAGUAGGCAGCCAUUGCUCCACGGUACUGAGAGAGUGAGGCCUGUCUGAGCCGGCCUCCGCCCUGCCAUUGCAGUUAACAGUGAAAUCCUGGCAGGGUUCACUCCCUGGGACUACAGUGAGGGUAACAUUUUAUUUCAUUUCCAGUUCUCAUUCGUUCUCAGCUACAGAAAAACAGAAAGGCAGGGAGCUGAAGAACAGAGUUGCUGUCCGCCUUCUGUUAGGAGAAUCUCUGUCUGAGGAAGUCCGGGUUCACAGAGCCCUUCACCUCCAUGUGUGUUCUAUAAAUGCCCAAAGCCUCUCCAACGAAGCCCUCGCGUGUGGGUGAGGUCACGGGUGGACUUGUGAGCGCGUGCACUUCUUAGUCCCAGGAUGGCACUUCGGGAACCAGUCUCGUUUUAUCCGCUGUUGCACCGGGUACCGCACCGGUACCGCACCGCACGGCACCGGGUACCACAGCCUCUCAGCCGCCACUGCCAGCCAGAAGGCUCCUCCCACGCCAGUCACUUUGGCAACUGGCCUCAUUUUCCCCUGGGAGUUCCUCCUUGAGUCUUUCCUGUUUCAGAAUUAGUCAGAGGGUGAUGGUGUUACCACCGGGGUUCGUUAGCUUAUGUGACUCCGUUGCUGUCUUGUCUGGCAUCAUGCUUGUUAGGUAUUCCUAUUCUCACUUACUAAGACUCCGAAAGGAAAGCAGUUAUAUUAGAUGUGGCAGACGUCUUAGUCUCUUGUCGCAGAAAUGUAUCAAACAAACAGAAUAAACUACGCCGUACUGUUCAUUCAGUAUCUGGGAGAGACCUCAUCAGAUCAUACAGUUUUCUCACGGUAUACCACACACACACACACACACACACACACGCACACGCAU